AUGGCAAAGAUGGUCAUAGUUAGAUCAGUUCUUGCCCUGGCUUCCAUUCAUGCUUGGCCACUCUUCCAACUUGAUGUGUUUAAUGCCUUCUUGCAAGGGGAUCUCCAUGAAGAGAGAAAAUAUGCACUGGAAUUAAUUUCGAAGGCUGGAUUGUCUGCUGCAAAACCUGUUGACACUCCUCUAGAACAACAUUCAAAACUGAAUUCAUAUGAGUUUGAUCAAAGAUUUCCACCUGAUGAAAAGGAUGAACUGCUGACAGAUCCUAGCAUGUUCAGGAGGAUGGUGGGAAGGUUAUUAUAUCUAACCAUGACCAGGCCAGAUAUUUCAUUUGCUAUCCAGAAUUUAAGUCAACACAUGCAGACUCCUAAACAAUCACAUCUAGAAGCAGCAUUGAGAGUCAUAAGAUAUAUGAAAAAGGAACCAGCUCUUGGGUUGAUUAUGUCCGCAAAAAGUACAAAAGAUUUAACAGCAUUUUGUGACUCAGAUUGGGCCUCUUGUGCCGUUAGUAGAAAAUCGGUAUCAGGAUACUGCAUUAAGAUGGGAGAUUCUCUUCUGUCUUGGAAAUCAAAGAAGCAAAAUACUAUAGCAAGAUCAUCUGCAGAAGCAGAAUAUAGAAGCAUGGCUGGAACUGUUGCAGAAAUAGUUUGGUUAACUGGUUUACUUAAAGAGCUUGAUGAUGAAGCCAAUAUUCCAGUGUUGCUCUACUGUGAUAAUAAGUCAGCAUGA